GGCUGUGAGGGCCGCACUGCUUUCCCGCAAGUGCUGGCGACUCCGCUUUCCGGCGGGCGGGCCGAGGCCGGCGGCUGCUUUGGGAGGCGGGAUCGCGCCUCGGGGUGCCGCGGGGUUGUGUUUUGUACGGUGGGGCGUCCGUCGCGACGCCGCCAGCUAGGCUCAGCAUGCCGGGCGUGAAGCUGACCACCCAGGCCUACUGCAAGAUGGUGCUGCACGGCGCCAAGUACCCGCACUGCGCCGUCAACGGGCUUCUGGUGGCCGAGAGGCAGAGGCCGCGCAAGGAGCAUCCGCAGGGCGCGGGCAGCCACACUCUCUUCGUGGACUGCAUCCCGCUCUUCCACGGCACGCUGGCCCUUGCGCCCAUGCUGGAGGUGGCACUCACCCUGAUUGACUCAUGGUGCAAAGAGAACAGCUAUGUGAUCGCCGGGUAUUAUCAAGCUAAUGAGCGUGUGAAGGAUGCAAGCCCGAACCAGGUGGCAGAGAAGGUGGCCUCCAGGAUCGCUGAGGGCUUCAGUGACGCCGCACUCAUCAUGGUGGACAAUGCCAAGUUCACGAUGGACUGCGCAGCACCUACAAUCCAUGUGUACGAGCACCAUGAGAACAGGUGGCGAUGCAGAGACCCACACCACGACUACUGUGAAGAUUGGCCAGAGGCACAGAGGAUCUCGGCUUCACUCCUGGACAGCCGCUCCUAUGAAACACUCGUGGAUUUUGAUAAUCACCUGGAUGACAUUCGGAACGACUGGACAAACCCUGAGAUCAACAAAGCAGUUCUGCACCUGUGCUAGACGUGGGCCACCAUGACUGGAGACUCCAGUACAGAGAGGAGGAAAACCUAUACGUUUAGAGGAAUAGUGGUGGCUUAGCCUCAUGGGAGCUGCAAGUCUGUGGUGUGUGCCUUGGAAGGGGGUCCAGUUGGCAUCCUUCAGGGCAGGGCUAUGGAGAGGUGUGGGCUGCCUAGACUCUGGGUCCUUAGUCCUGGGCUGCCCAAUCCUGCCCAUCAAAGCUCUUUCUGCUUGCCCCAGGUUAUUCCCAUUAAACAGCUCGAGCCUUUUAUAACCUGGAGAGAAUGCAUUGCAGUCUUUACUCCAGUGAGUGUGUGUGUUUACUUUGGCUGAGCCAGCUCCAGGCAUCCUGGCAUGAGACGGCGUCAUGGGCUGCUGGAACGUCAUCUGAUCAGCUGUGUUGGUGUUGGAGCUAGGAGCUACACCGUGCAGUUAGCCAGCACCGUUGCCUGAGAAGCCUUGCUGUGCAGUGGUCACAAGCGCAUUGGUGAUGGGAGCAAAGACCCCAUGAGAGGAAGCCGAGCCCAUGAACUUCCCAAAGCCAGUCCAUCCUGACUCCGCUACUCCAGGGUCUUCAGAAUGAGCUGCCUUAGUGUCCAGAGUACCCAGCGUGUCCCAAGCAGUGUGCUUGCUAGCUCGACUCAUGUGACCAAGCAUUCUGACCAUCUUAGGAAACAGUGUGCAGGCUUUCUAGUAUGCUGUUUUUGCCCUUUGUGUUUUACAGAGAGAGCAGUGCCUUUCCUUGGGCUUCAUGAAGCUGGUGACAGCAUUCCCCACACUCUUUAUUAAGUGGGACAGCCAGGCUCACCUUAGAGAGUGGGCCAGUGGGCUUGUGUGGCUUCUCCCCUUAUUUAGCAUUUUGCUCUUGAUUUUUGUUUGUUGUUUGUUUAGUUCUAUUUGGUUGACAGUGGCUGUUCAUGGCCUAGUUGGUUUGGUGCUCACUUAUGUGGAAGAGCCUGGCCUGGAAUGUGCAGUAAUUGCCUUUGCUUCUCAAGUACUAAGAUCAUCCUUCCCUACUGCCCUUAACUGAUUAAAUUGACAUUGUCCCCCCCUGAACAGAGGAAGAUGUGAGGCGUCAAUCCCCACCCUUCUUCACCCUCGCUUUCAGGGCUUGAUUGCUCAUCUGUAUCAGAGGACAGCCAGGGACACACACCCAGCGUCACCCAACCCCAGCACUGCCUUGUUUAUUUUUGAGAUGGGAAGUUUCAGGAUGAGCUUUCAUAAUGGCUGCUACACAGCAACUCACAGUUCUUUCUGUCCAAGCCAGGUAUGGUGGCCCAUGCCUGUGUCCUCUAGGUCUUCAUGAGUUUCAGGCCAGCAGACUGAGCAAGAACCUGUAACACUGACUGCUCAUCAGAGCAUUCUUACCUAGCUCUGAAAUCUGAAUGGGGAGCAAUUCCUACAUUGUGUUCAACUCGCUUACAGCUAUGGCUACCAAACAGUUCUGAUGGACUUCUUCCCUGGGAGCAGAACCCAGGGCUUCACCCAUGAGUUGCCUCCCAGCCUUGGGCGGACAUUUUAACCUUUACAGCAUCUACCCAUCUGUCCUGGUUGUUUUUGUUGCUCUGAUAAGGUACCAAAACUACUUUAGGAAGGAAAUAGUUUAUUUUACAAUUCUUAGAUCAAAGGGCAGGAACUGAAGCAGAGGCCAUGGAGGAACUGCUUGCUCUCCUCUGUGGUUUCCUCAGCCUGCUCUCUUACAUAGCUCAGGAGAGCCUGCCCAGGGGCGGCACUGCCCACAAUCGUGCUCCUCCGUAAUCUAAUGGCACCAAUUCCUCAAGUGAUGUUCCCUCUUCCCAGGUGACUACACUAGUUUAGGUCACCUUGACAAAAACUAGCAAUGUAUAAGGGUUCUCAGAACUGCUAGAAUGGGGGGACUGAUCCAGGUGUGUGUACCCGUACAUGUGUGUAAGACAGGAUUUAUGGGUUUAUUAGUCACAGGUUAUGGUCUAGCGAUGGACAGUCCAAGAAUCCUGGUUUAGUCCACAAGUCUGGAUGUCUGAGCUGGUCUUAAGUAUAUACUGAAAUUACAGAGUAAGCCCUGAUGCCAUUGAAAGAAUGAACCUGCCCAUGAGAACAAGGCUAAGCAGGCAAAGCAACAACAAAAAGCUUCCUCCUUUCAUGUUCCUUGUAGAGGCUGCCACGAGAAGGUGGUUUCCCAACCGAACAAUACAGUCAAGAAAAGUCCCUCCUAGGUGUACCCAGCAGUUGGGGGUUUAGUUAGUUCCAGGAAUGAUCAAGUUGACAACUGAGAAUAGUCAUCACCGUCAGACAGUUGACCCUCUGUCAGCUUGACACACAAACACAGCAUUGUUAAACCAUAACUUUUCCUCUCUUGUUUAUUCCCAAGUUGAUUUUGGUUACCGUUUCAGCACAAUAACAGAAACCAUUAACUAUGAAAUUUUCUUAAGCAUUCCAAAAUUCUAAAGGAUUUUUAAGAUCUCACCAUAAGGCAGUGAUGAGAAGAUAGGGCUGUCUAACCUGCUCUAAAUGUGUAGGGUCUGUCUAUUGAAAUGGUGCCUGUUGUAGGAUUUUCCAUCAGUUUAAAAAAUUUUAGUGAAUUUUCUGCUUAAUUGUUUUGCUUGUUUGUUUUGGUGGGGGGUUGUUUUUCUGUUUUGUUUUGACUGGUCUUGGCUGGUCUGGAGCUUGAUAUGUAGACCAGGCUGACCCUGAACUUAAGAUCCACCUGUUUCUGCUUCCUAGGUGGUGUGAUAAAGGAAUUUUUCACCUCUAGAAUUGUCUUUAAGAAUUAAGGAUGACUAAGCCAGGCAUGGUGGUGCUUGUCUUUAAUUUCAGCACUCUGAAGGCAGAGGCUGGCAGAUGUUAGUUCAGGCAGCUUGGUUCUAGGAAACCCAAGGCUAUAUAGAGAAACCCUGCCUCAAAAAAAAGGGGGAGUGGGUAUACUAGCCAGGCAUCCUAGAGCUCAAAUUGAGACAAAAUUGCCACAAGUUAAGGGCUACAUUGUGAGUUCCAAGACAGUCUGAGGCUAGAAUGAGGACAUGUCCAAAAAACAAUCAGGAGGGCUGGAGAGAUGGCUCAGAGGUUAAGAGCACUGUCUGUUCUUCCAGAGGUCCUGAGUUCAAAUCCCAGCAACCACAUGGUGGCUCACAACCAUCUAUAAUGAGAUCUGGUGCCCUCCUCUGAUGUGAAGGCACACAUGCAGAUAUUGUACACAUAAAUAAAUAAAA